AGCACCUCUCUCUCUCUGUCUGUCUCUCUCUCUCUCUCUCUCUCUCUCCUCUACCACCCUCCCAUGUGUUUGCUUUAGCCCUGCAGUUUUGCCUGUGUGCAUUUCCAUCACGUUGAGUCCGUCCGUGGCGGUCCCUCUCUCUCUCUUGCUCUUUCUUCGUCUGUCUGAGCCUGUGAUUAGGUCUGUCUGUCCUUUUCCUCUCUUUCGUCUGUUUUCUUCUUUCCUUUUCAUUCCAACAUGUUUCAAAACCCGUGGAUUGCUAACUAUCUCAACCAUGUCACACAGUGUGGUCAAGGCUUUGUCAGCGACGCUUCUGCUAAGCUCUACAGCCCUGCACUACUAAAGAAAAGCCCAAUAAGCUUUGGUGUGGAUGACAGGACAUCACUAGUUAGGAGUACUACAGAUAUUGAUGCAAAAAUUCUUGCUGUGUUGCCCAAAGUUUCAGAGCUAAGGAAGCAAUUUGAAACCACGGUCAGAAGUUGCCCAGAAAUGAACAGGAAAGAGAGGAUAGCAAGAAGGUUGGAGGGGAUUGAGGCUGAUGUUCCAGCUGCUCUUAAUACAAGCAUGCAACACACAGCCGGUCUUGUGACUAAUCGGCUAUUGGAGGAGGACACACCACGCUACACACGUGCUUCAGAUCCCAGCGAUCCAGGCAUUGUGGUGCGGCGCUACAGUCGUGAUGAGAUGGAAGCUCCAGAACGCCAAUCCAGAGCUCGGGCUCGUCCAGAUCCACAGUCGUCCGCCCAUCCUGACCCUGUAGACCUUACCCCAGCAGGGUCUGAUGCAGCCAGCCUCAGCUCUAAAGCUGAGCGGAUCGCACGCUACAAAGCUGAACGUCGACGACAAUUAUCAGAACGUUACGGAAUCCUCCUCGACCAGGAGGUAGAUCUGGAUUACACGCCACGCUACACACGUGCACGGAGAGAGUCUGACCUGUCGGACAGAGGGGCUCCUCCUGACAGGGGACGUGGUGAAAGCAGAACGGGGGGCGGGGCAUUGCAAGAGCAGGAUAAGGGGCGGGAUCGAAGCAGCAGCAGGUCUAAAUACAGCAGUUCAGGGAUAGGGCGGGUCUUCAUGCCUUCUGACCCCACCCCCGAUCAUGCUCCUCCGUCAGGCUUUGAUGCCGAGCGAGAGAGAGAGAGGACGAUGAACUUGGAAAAUUCUAGACGAGCACCUGAUCGAAGUCUGAAACCACGGCCACAGGAAGCUCCGGUUCCCAUGGAGGCAACAGCAGCCCAACCAACAAAGGGUGUUGCUGUUGUCACUGUGGCAAGUUCUCCUAGGACAGCACGCAGAGCUUCGUUGCCCACGACACGAUAUGGCAUCUCUCCUGGAGACCUGUUCAUUGAGCAACAAGCUCAAAAUAUCCUCAACAGACAGGGGGAGUCUAAAGGUGACCAGGUUCCCAUGGAGACUGAUCCAAUUGUCAGCAGUGACGGGGAAAGAGGAGCACGUCGGCCCAGACGUUAUAUUUCCCCUGGUGAUGACAGGAAGUCAUCUGAGAGGUUUAGAACCCAGCCAAUUACAUCAGCUGAAAGGCUGGAGUCUGAUAGGUCCCGUCUUAGUCCAGAGCUUCAACAUGCAGAAUUGGAUGAAGAAAAAAUGGAUGAACGAGCUAAAAUGAGCGUGGCAGCCAAGAGGUCUCUCUUCAGGGUAUCAACUCUCUGUAGCAUACACAACUUGCUGAAUAUGAAAUAUCACAUGGAGCUGGAGAGAACUUCAGAGGGAGGUGUACCCAAACCUCGGUCACGCAAUGCUGCGGUUGAACGGAGACUCAGACGAGUGCAGGAUCGUUCACGGACACAGCCGGUCACGUCAGAGGAAGUUGUCAUUGCUGCUACUUCCCCUGCCCCCCCUUCCCAAGUCAUCACUGUUCAAACCACUGCUCCCAGAAUCCCCAGUCCUGCCGUAGUCAGCACUUCCAUUACUAGCUUCAGUUUGCAGGCUUCAUCAGCACAUGGAUCGGCCCACCAUGAGCAGGAGAAAGAAGAUGUUUCAAAGGAGGCAGUUGCAGGAGAAGAGGGCUUGGGGCCUGAUGAACCGGACCUAUCAGCGCUAAGCCUGGCUGAGAAGAUGGCCUUAUUCAAUCGCUUGUCACAGCCCUCAGGCCAAUCAGCAAACGGCCCCCGCUCUGACACACGCCAGCGUAGGGCCAAUGCCCGCUUUCAGACCCAGCCUAUUACCCAGGGCGAGGUUGAUCAGGAACUUACAAAAGAUGUAGAUCCAUCCAGUCUCACAGAUCAACCCGCUGUGACUAAUGAUUCUGUUGGUCCCCCUCAGAGUGAGCAACUGCAAAAUGGAAGCGUGAAGUUGGAGCCUCUCUCUGCAUCACUGGUCCGCUCUGUUACCGCGGUCACCGCCCAGGCCUCUGUUGCCAUGGUGACAAGCGCUUCCCCAUCAAUGACCGCAGAUGUUCGCAUGGGGAUGUCCGCAGCUCCGCCCUCCACUCAGGCCUCGCCCAGUCAGACUCAGCUUCCAGCCUAUGAGAGAGGAGUUCGAUACUUCAGUCUUACAGAGAGUGGGGAAAAUCCCACACCUGAUGUUCAGUCUCCGCCCCCCGCAGUGCAGCCCGGCCAAUCAGCGUACAGCAAGGGUGGGGCUACGCUGAUUUCAGCCAAUGGCCAGAGGCAGGAUGAAAGUGGGCGGAGGGGAAAACUUGGAUAUUUAGGGAGAGAGGAGAGAGACACAGAGCUCCCCAGUGAGACUUCCCCUCCACACACACAUGCGCUCAGACACACACCCCCUCACGGCAGGGGAGAUGCAGAGCUGAGCGGCCCGCGGGAAAGGGAAAAAGAGAGCACACCCGUCUCACAGGGAGGCUACCUUUCACCAGACACUCAUCAGACGGCAAGAGGAAGUGGUACCAGAGCCGUCAGCUCAGGUAAGGUUAGACAGAACCAAAAAGAGAAGUCUUUUAAAAGGGGUGCAAACCUUUUAGCUGUGUCUUUUGUUUCUGUACAUGCAGUCACACAUAUGCAUGCUGAAUUCUGCAUGAUGCAGCCGGCCUCUGAUUGGGUUAACCAGCUUAACCGGGCUCCCAGCCUACAUGCUGCUCGAGUCGAAUGUGAUUAG